AAUACUGCAAUUUCUGCUUCGAUUUUCGCGAUGGGUAUGGAGCAUUUAUGGCCAUUCGACGAGAGAAAUGAAACCAGAAGCACAUGUCUGUAGUUGCAGUAAAAUCACCUGUGCUUUUGUUUAACUUCUCUACUUUCACUUCUGGUAACAAAAGAAACUUCAGAUUAUUUUCAUGAGCUAUUUUAAUGGAAGCUGCAAGCUCUAAAGAUAGUUCAGUGGCCUCGAGUCCUUUCCCGUCGCCUAGUAUUGGAGUCCUCCUAAAGAUAAAGAUCAUUUCAUGGAGCCAAGAGACUGGUUUGCCUGUUACAGUUCGAGUUCGAGUUGGAGAGAGAACAUUCAACCUUCACAAGAAUCCCUUGUCUUUGAAGAGCGGAUAUUUCAAGAAACAAUUGAUUGAAACAACUGAGCUUGAACUGCCAAAAGAAUUCCCUGGAGGGCCAGAAACCUUUGAGAUGAUUGCUUUAUUCAUUUAUGGUUCUUCCACAUUGAUCGAUCCUUUUAACAUAGCAGCUCUUAGAUGUGCAGCAGAGUUCCUCGAAAUGACAGAGGAGCACUGCUCUGGCAAUCUUUGCCAGCGUUUCGAUCUUUAUUUGAACCAAGUUGUGUUGCAGAGUUGGGAUGAUACCUUAAUUGUUCUCCAGAGAUGUCAAACUCUGCUUCCAUGGUCUGAAGAGCUACUAAUAGUUGGACGAUGCAUCGAGUCUUUAGCUUUCAUGGCUUGUAUGGAGAUUCUUGACCCGGAAAGGAGGAGGGACAAACCAGUUGUUACGUUGGAUUCAUUAGCAGGCCAAGCUUGGAGUUGUGAAAUGGCAAAAGAGAUUGUGAUUCAUGAUCUUUGGAUCAAAGAUCUCAUUGCCCUACCAUUUGGAUUCUUCAGAAGAAUAAUAGGAUCUUUGAGGAGGCAGGGAAUGAAGGAAAAGUAUGUGAGUCCAAUCAUAGUUCUGUAUGCAAACAAAUGGGUACUUUCUAAGAAGACAAGACAAUUCUGGGAGAAUUCUGGCAACAAAAUUGGGGAUAUUGAUGCUAGUAACAGAGCUUCAAUAAUUCUAAAAGGUAUUCUUGAUUUGUUUCCAGUGAGAGAGAAGGCUAGGAGAGUAAUACCUGUAGGAUUUUACUUUGCAUUGCUUUCUAAGUCUUUUGAAGUUGGGUUGAAAAGUGAAAGCAGAGCAAAGUUACAAGAUCAGAUUGCAUCUCAGUUACACAUGGCUCAAGUUGAAGAUUUUCUCAUUCCAAACAGUGGUAUAGACUCCAUUUCUUCCACUAUGGAGUUAGCUACAAUGGAAAGCAUAUUCUCCACAUAUUUGUCUUUUAACAUGGAGUCGAACCAUAUCCCUUCAUCCAGCAACUCAAUCGUUGCAGAAUUAUGGGAUACAUACCUCUCUCUUAUCGCUUCUGAUCCCAAAAUGGAGCCUAAAAGGUUCAUAGAACUUGUUGAAACAGUACCAAUAUCUUGCAGACAGAAUCAUGACCAACUGUACAGAGCAGUGGACACUUUCCUGCAGGCACACCUAGAUGUGACACAAGAAGAGAAGGGGGCAGCAUGUAAAUACCUCAAUUGCCAGAAACUGUCACAAGAGGCAUGCAUUGAAGCAGUUCAAAAUGAAUUGAUGCCUUUACGUUUGAUUGUCCAGGCUCUUUUUGUUCAACAGCUGAAUACACACCAAGUUUUCAAAGAAUGCUCAGACUCAUCAAGAUUUGCACACUGUGGAGAAUUCUCCGGAAGCCUCUCAAGCUCAAGGUGUCCUAACUCCAAGAGCCAAAAUCUAGCUGAGAGCCCAUACAGUGAUGGAGCAGAGCCAGUAAGUAAAACAUUGAAUUUCUUGCUGCAAAAUGACAUUGCAGCUCAAAGAUAUGAGUUAUCAAGGAAGGAAUAUGAGUCUACAAGUUUUAGAAUUCAGAACCUUGAACAAGAGCUCUUGUCCUUGAAACAAAGCAUGAAACCAUAUGGCAUGGAAAGUAGAUCAUUAAGCAAGAAGAGGAACCCAGUUGGACAAGUUACAGGUUGCAUCAGUUCCGUGAAUUUUGCUUCACAAAGAAGGUAUGCUAGUAGGCUACUGAAAGUCUUCCGCCGAAUCACCUUGUUCGGAAAUAGAAAAUCAAAGACAAAGCCAGGGAAAUCUGGCCAGUCGGCCAAAACGGUGUAGCAGGAAAAUCU